UGGCUGCCAUCGUGUAGUCAAUGGCCUCAGCUUCUCCAAAACAAACAUGUUUUCGCUCUGGGCUUUGGGUCUGGUCCUGAUGGUUGCUGUGACGGGACAGCAACAGUCAGUCCUUCAUGAUGGGAUCGCUCACUCCUGCGGCAAUACGACCCUGACUGUGUAUGUGUCGACGGAUUUCUUCAGUCACUUUGAUGCCACGGCUUUCCGCCUGGGAAGCUGUCCUCCCAGUAGCUACUCUCCAGGAGGGCUCAGCUUCCAGUAUGGGCUACAAGAUUGUCGAGCUGGCAGGCUGGUGACUGACAAGGAGGUAGUUUACUGGAACUAUCUGAAGUACGAGGCCAGUCCAGUACCAGGAAGGAAAGAACCACAGCUCAACAGACGCCUGGAAUGUCGCUAUCCAGUGGAAGAAGUACCUGUAUCUCUGACAACAUUUCCUUUAACUGGUUUUCUGGGUGGAGAUGGUAGCUUGGUCUUUACCAUGAAAAUCAUGACUGAUGAUUGGACUGCUGAGAGGCCAGAUACUCUGUUCUUCCUAGGAGCAUCUAUUAACUUGGAAGCAUCUGUCCUUGCCACAUACCAUCAAGGCAUCCAUCUCUAUAUAGAAGAAUGCAUUGCUACUCCAACAAGCUCUUUAGCAGAAUCCCCAAAGAAUUACACCAUCAUAAAUAACUAUGGAUGUCUUAUUGAUGGAAAAACUGGGAAUUCCAAGUACUUGCCCAGAAUUAAGGAGUCUCACCUUCGAUUUGUUGUGCAGGCAUUUAAAUUCCAUGAUCUGGAGGGUACUGAUAUUUAUAUACACUGUAAAGUUGUAGUAUGGGACCCAAGUUGGAAUGAACAUCAGUUGCACAAAGCAUGUUCAUUUAAUCAGCAAACUAAAAGAUGGCAGCUUUUGGAUGACCCAUUGCAAAGUUCGAAGUGUGACUGUUGCAACACAAUCUGCCAGCCUGCCCAAACUCGUCAUAAACGAGAAUUAAAAGCUGGUGUCUUCAGUUUGAUGAAAGUUGGUCCAGUGAAAGUAAACACAACUCCAUUGAGAUCCAGAACUUCAGAUAAUCAAAAGGUUAUACUUCUGGCUACCCCACUGCUGGUUUGCUUUUUGGGAGUCCUGAUUCUAAGCCUGUACAAAUGGAAGAUCCAGCAUGUACACUAGCUGGAGAAGAUUACUGAAGCAAGUAAAUGAGAUUUGCAAAUAAAACUAAUUUUGCAACCAUG